CGCUCAGUCGACGAGAAACUUUGGCAGCGUGAGGACGCCCGUGUGCAUAUGCGUGGCCCAAAAACACAACAACAAAUCCGAGUGGCAAUGUGCAAAAAUAAAAAAUCUAUAUAUAUUUUAAAUUGAAUAUAGAAAUCCGAAAACCCACACUCACUCACACACACACUGACACACGCGCAGGGCCAAAAGAGAGCGCGAGCGAGCAAGCGGAAAUACUAAAAAGCUAAAAAGCAAAGUGGAAGUAAAAAAGUGGCAGCUAGAAAGUGUGGCCAAAAGUGACAUCACACUCCGGACCGCAGCAGGAGCUAAAUUGCCAGGAACAUACGAGAAAGCGGUAUUAUUCGCACGCGUCGUCGUCGCUCAAGGUGAGCCCGCGCCACCCCCCCAAGCCCCCAAAAACCCCACGGAAACCCCCUACCCCCACCGCGUCCAAAAAUUAAUCUCAACAACUGGCACGACAAGUAGUCGCCGACGAAAAGUCACAGCCAAGUAUCAACAAAAGGAAAUAAAUUAAAAAUUGUCGCUACGCAGCGAGACGACGACGGCGGAUUCGAUUCGAUAGCGGUUAUAGCGGUUAUAGUGGCCAGCGGUACGGUUACGGAUACGGUUUUUUGCCCAGGGAAUCAGCAAUGAAGCCCACUGUGAUGGCAGCCAAUCAGGCGCAAAGCAAUCCCGCCGGCGGUGGCAAUGGUUCGCCCGCAGGACCCGGAGUCAAUAUACCCGUUAACCGGGAGUACGUCGUCGGAGGUGGCUAUGGAUCACCGCAGCAGGCGGCACAGAAUCCACAGUUCCACAGCAGCCCCCACCAGAACGCUUACGGAUCGCCCAGGCAGCAGCAGCAGCACUUCCAGCAGCACCAGCAGGUUCCCCCGAAUCAGCAGCCGCAGCAGCAACACUUUCAGCCGACCUUUGGAUUCGAACCGAACAUGGACAUGGACAACAUGUUCCCGCGCUCGCACCUGAGCAGGAUGCAUGAUCCCUUCGCCGGCUUCGGCGAGUCACGUAAGCGGAGCAGUUUGCACGGUCCCAGUGCCCAAUCCAAUGCUGACGAUGACUUUUCAUCCUAUUUUGACGACGCAGACUUUGGAUUCCCCCGGUUCUCGACGAUGGGCCGGCGAGGACGAAUGGCCAGUGGAGCCAACAAUCACAUGGAUCACGAUGAUGACUUCUUCAAUCGGCUUCCCUCGGAGUUCCGCCAAUAUAUCCCUGAUGGUUUUGGAGUAAGACGUGGCCCGGGAGUUGCUUCUGGUCCGGGACAAGUUCCCCAGCAGCAGCAGCAGCCGCAGCAGCAGUAUACCCCACAGCAACCGCAGGCGCAGUUUACCCAGCAGCAUCCUCAGCAGCACUACCAGUACGCUGUGCCGCCCCAGCAGCAGCCAGUCUACGUGGGAUCCCCUCAGCCACAGGUGCCGCAGUCGCCUUCGAAGCGUCUUUGUGAUGCUGCCAUCCAGACGGAGGAUCCGGCCGGCCGAUCGGAGGUGGACUGCGCCCCAUCGGCCAAUUUGAACCAGCACGGACUACGCAACACCGUGGACAUGGGCGUCAAGAGUGCCGCCGAGCAGGAUCAGGGAUUGCGCUCCCACUCCGCCCCUCCGCCAGAGCAGCAGCAGCAGAAUCUACUCUACCAGCAGCAACAGCAGCAGCCGCAGCAACCAGGAGCACAUCACCAACAGUUCGGCACCCAGACCAGUCCGCCCGUGCAAGGCCAGCAGUUCAAGAGCUACUAUGCGCCCCAGCAGCAGACGCAUCCCCAACAGAAGCAGCCGACCCCGCCGCCAGCCCCACAGACACCGGGUGGCACCUAUGUCCGCACCAUACCCAUCUUCGUGGAGGGUCGCACCGAGCCGAUCAUCAAUGCCCACAAGGAGAUACCCAACCAGAACGCUCCGCCCAGUGCCCAAGCCCAAGCCCAGGCCGCUCAGGCUCAGGCGCAGGCACAGGCUCAUUUUGCACCACAACAGCAGAGGCCCACGCCACUGAAUACCCAGCAAGCACAUCCUGACCAAGGGGCGCCAGUUGAGGGAGCCGCUGGAUUACCGCCACAGACACCUCACACCCUUAACUCGAUCAACAAAAUCCAGGACAUUCAACGCGACGUGCUCGAGCUGAUGGGCAAGGUGGAGCAAUUCAAGGGAACGCGCCAGGAGAAGGAGUACGCCUACCUGGAUGAGAUGCUGACCCGCAACCUGCUCAAGCUGGACACCAUCGAUACAAACGGCAAGGACAGCAUUCGCCUGGCCCGAAAGGAAGCUAUCAAAUGCAUUCAGGCUUCCAUAAAUGUGCUGGAGGCCAAGGCCGAGGAGAACGCUAGGGCGGCGUCAGGAGCAGCAGCUACCACUGCCACCCCAGUCGAAGCCGUGGAUACGGGUGCACUUCCUGCCCCAGAAGCCUCUGCGGAGCCAGUGACUCCACAGCCACAGGAUGCUACGAAAAUCCAGGAGCCCAUCCCUCUGCCGCCGCCACCAAGUGCUGUAGUGGAAGGAGGAGCUGCUCCCGAAGCCAUCGCAGAGGAGCCCGCUGCCCCGGGAGAAUCAGCUCAGAUCACCGCGCAGACCGAGACAACCACCACGACGUCGGAAUGAUGAACACAGCGCCUUUACAAGGCGACCGUUUCGAAGCAGCUACGCAAAUUAACCAAAUUUAAGUGACAACAGGCGGAAAAAGAGGCGAGUGCCGAUAUCCCGCGACUCAUCAAAGGACAGCGAGAGACUUUGUUUUACUGAAUUCAAAGUGAAAGUGAAUUGGAUGUGGAUGUGAAUGUGAAUAAGAGGAGCUGGCGACGAAUCUUUUCUAGUAUUUCGUAGAAGCACACCCACUUAAAAAACACGCAAAUCUCAUCACCCACUCAUCAAACCACACACACACAGCAUAGAUUAUAGGCUAGUAAGGAAAUUAAUUUUGAAAAAAAGUGCCUGCAUAGAAUUCGGAAGUUAACAGAACGAAAACGAUUUGGCAACGAUAGUUGUCCCUAACUUAAAAGAGCUGAUUAUGUUUAAGCGAAUAGAGAUCACCAUGAGGAUAUUUUUGAACCUGAGUCCAGUUUUUAUACGUAAAUUGUACCGAGGGGCAGCAGCAAUGGGCAGCAAGCCGCCGUAUGAUCUCAUACAAAUCUACAGCAAUCGCGCUUGCUUGCCACAGCCACCGCAUCCAAACACACGGCUUUGCUGCAGGUGAAUUGUUAAACAAAGGUCUAGAAGAACUAUGAUAACUAUUUAUGCUACUAAUUAAUGCGAAAAUAAAUGUAGAUAUUGUUGACCAUAAAA